AUGCCUUCUUUCAGGACACUCAGCAAGAUCGCUCUCGGUGGUGCCCAAGUCAUCCUCGGAAAUGGAGGACGCGUCAUGGGUGACUUUACCCAGAGCUGCCCAAAUGCUCAAUUGAGCUGUCACAACACCACUGCUGUGGAGAACUUGUGUUGCUUCAACGCGCCAGGUGGACAGAUCCUGCAGACACAGUUCUGGGAUGCUUCGCCUGCAACUGGACCAGAGGAUAGCUGGACAAUCCACGGUCUCUGGCCCGACCGCUGUGAUGGCACAUACGACGCAAACUGCGACUCGUCGCGCGCCUACUCUAAUAUCACCGCCAUCCUCAACUCAUUCGGCGCAACCGACCUCCUCUCCUACAUGUCCACAUACUGGAAAGACUACCAAGGCAACGAUGAGUCCUUCUGGUACCACGAGUGGGCCAAGCACGGUACCUGCAUCUCCACCCUCGAACCCGAGUGCUACGACGACCACAAGGCAACAGAAGAGGUAGUCGAUUUCUUCCAAAAGACCGUCGACCUCUUCAAAACGCUACCAAGCUACGAGUGGCUGGCCGCAGCGGGCAUCACACCCAGCACCAGCAAGACGUACACUUUCGCCGCUAUCCAAAGCGCAAUCCAGGCCAAGAGACCCGGUGUCGAAGUCACGCUAGGCUGCAAGUCCGGCGCGCUCAACGAAAUCUGGUACCAUUACGACGUUCGUGGCAGUGUGCAGACUGGCGAGUUUGUUGCUUCAGACCCCGAUGGCACAAAAUCUACCUGUCCUCAGACGGGAAUUAAGUACGUUCCCAAGAACGCGGGCUCUUCUCCUCCGUCUACAACAACGACUGUUGGUGGACCUGCGCCAACGUCGACUGCUGCGCCUGGAACGCCAUUUACCGGAAAGGGGUACCUCAACGUUCUUGUCAACGGAGCCAAGAAGGGAUGUAUCAUUAGCAAGGGUACUUGGUACACGACUGGUACCUGCGCGACUUUCACAGCUACCGACGUGGACAACGGCUUCACUUUGUCGAGCUCAAAGGGCAAGUGCGCAAUCGUCGGUGGAGCGCUCUCGUGUGACGGUACUGCAAGCGCCACUGGCUUCACCAAUGCUGAUGGAAAUUUGGCUGCUGGCGGUAACUCGCUCUGGAGUGCCGACAAGGUCGCGUCUGGCAGUACACAGCAGACUGUGUACGCUGGUGGAGACCACUCUGCCACUUUGGCCAUUACCUGGCAGUCAGCGUGA